CUACACACUGCUUCGGGCGCAUGCGCAUUUCCUCUGUUGAAAGUAGGAACUAGUGAGCCAACUGUGACGCUACUUACCCUGCACGCAUUGCUGCAAAAACAUCACUUGGUGUGUUUUCUUUUGCCUUUUUUUAUUCUUUUCCAGCCUCCUUCCCCGGCGACUCUGCAGCAGCCAUGAGCUUUUUUGGAUUUGGCCAAAGUGCGGACGUCGAUGUAGUUCUUAACGAUGCAGAAACGAGGAAGAAAGUGGAGCAUAAAAGCGAGGAUGGCAGGAAGGACAGAUACUUUCUCUUCUACGACGGGGAAACGGUGUCGGGGAAGGUCAAUGUCACGCUCAAGUACCCGGGAAAGAGGCUGGAGCAUAACGGAAUAAAGAUAGAGGUUAUCGGCCAGAUAGAGCUCUACUACGACAGAGGAAACCACCACGAAUUUGUGUCUCUGGCAAAAGACCUCGCUCGGCCGGGGGAGCUCUCACAGUCGCAGACGUUUGAUUUCGAGUUCACGCACGUGGAAAAACCAUACGAGUCUUACACUGGCCAGAACGUCAAAUUACGGUACUUCCUGAGAGCCACGGUGAACCGCCGACUGAGCGACAUCAGCAAAGAGAUGGAGAUGGUGGUCCACACACUCAGCACCUACCCUGAUAUCAACUCCUCCAUCAAGAUGGAAGUAGGCAUCGAGGAUUGUCUUCACAUAGAGUUUGAGUACAAUAAAUCCAAGUAUCAUCUCAAAGAUGUGAUUGUUGGAAAGAUUUACUUUCUGCUGGUGAGGAUAAAAAUCAAACACAUGGAGAUUGAUAUCAUCAAGCGGGAAACAACCGGCACCGGGCCCAACGUCUACCACGAGAAUGAUACCGUAGCCAAGUAUGAAAUCAUGGACGGCGCACCAGUCAGAGGCGAGUCCAUCCCCAUCAGGCUUUUCCUAGCAGGCUAUGAGAUGACACCCACCAUGAGGGAUAUAAAUAAGAAAUUCUCAGUACGCUACUACCUCAACUUGGUGCUCAUUGACGAGGAGGAGAGACGGUACUUCAAACAGCAGGAGAUCACGCUGUGGAGGAAAGGCGACGUUGUGAGGAAGAGUAUGUCUCAGCAAGCCGUCAUCGCCUCCCAACGUUUUGAAGGUUCCUCGAAAGCAGACGACAACCACGCCGACGCAGGAGACGGCUAAAUCCAAAAUUGUGAAUAUGACUUAUCAUUUGCGUGCGUCAGGAGAGAAUGUGCGACAUUUAUUUACCACAUGUGUGUGUUUGCGUGUGAGACCUAAACAUUUAACGGCAUGCUUUUUUUUUUUGCUGAAUAAUUUGCUUUUAGUUCAAGAGAAAAUGAAAAAAAAAACAUAAGAUGCUUGAAGUAUUUUCAUACAUUCCACCAGAAAUGUCAUGUACAGUGUCAUGGUCAUAAACAUUGGGCACCCCUGCGCUUCUCUCAGUUUAUGCACCACUUGGAUUACAAAAGAAAGCAGUUUUUCAGUUAUGUUUUGCAAUGUUGUUGCAAUGCAAACAAAAGAAAUAAACAUGAACACAGAAGCAGUGGUGCAUUAUCUAAUACAAAGCACAGGGGUGCCCAUUUUUGGCCAUAAUAAGAGUAUUUUUUUUUUUUUUUUGUAAGACAUAAUGAAUGCACUACCCAGGGUAGCCGUGUUUUGUCACUGGAAGGAUAACAAAAUAACCGGUGGAAAGCAGAUUCCCUGACAACCAAUGUAUUUUGUGAUGCUAAUUGAUGAUCUAAUUUCAUUACAAUUCCUUCCUGGGUCAUUAAAAAAAAUAAUAAUUUAUUGUACUGUAUGGGUGGCAAAUCCCCAUGUUUGGUAUUGAUCCAAUACCAAGUAAAUACAAGGCCAGUACUACCGAUGCUGAUGGUUGUUGACAGUAGAUAGAAUUGAAAGAUAGAAUGAAUGAAUUGAGCUGCCAAACAUGUUUUGGUGUAAUGGCGGAGAACAAGGCUGCUAAGUCUUGUCUGUCUGCCCCUGGGUUUAUUCUGGACAUGCUUCUUCCAGUCAAAAAAAUAUGUAGUUUUUCCUAUUUGUAUGAAAAUUUCAUUUUGGAUCCUAGUCAAGUUGGAGAUAUUGACUCAUGCAAUUUUUGGAAAAAGAUGAAUAUAUCUUCAGAGUAUAAUAUUUACUAUAAAACAAGGUUCAAACAUUUUGCAGUGAGGGUCGCAUACAUAAAAAUUAAAGGACACAGGGGCCACUUUGAUACAUUUUGUACCUUUUAAAGAUGUCCAGGGGCCGCACUUUGCUUUUGUGUUGUUUUAAUGUGAGGAUGAAAUCAUUUUUUUAUUCCGGUGUACUUUGAAUUUAGAAAAAAGGAGAAAACUGAAAACAUUUCUUUGUUAAUUGUAUGCAAAACACGUUCGAUCAAAGGUAUACCUAAUACUUUGCACUGUGUUAAGCAGCUGUCACCACUAGAGGGCAGGCUUGUAUCAGCUUUCUUCGUAUUGAUGUGUGUGUGUGUGUGUGUGUGUGUGUGUGUGUGUGUGUGUGUGUGUGUGUAGCAUUACAAUCAUAGUAGUUGUGAACCAUUUAUUUUUUAGAAUGUAGGGUUUGAAUUUAAAGAUUGUGAUGGAUUUGUGUCCGAAAAAGAGAUUAAUACAGAACCUAUCUAUCAUCAUUAUGCCUUACUUCCUGCUCUUCCACUUGACAAACGACUCCUUAUGGCUGUAAUGUGGCUG